AUGGAAACCACGUUCCACCAGAGCAUAAAGGUCCUUGAAGACCUCACUAAACUCAAUACCAGGACCGUACGCAACGUCAAGGCUGUGGUUAACAACCUUAUUGAACUAGGCGGAAACUUGAACAAUUUUUCAUUACAAAUUCACGGCAUCAGUGACAACGCCAAUGAACUCGGAAUGUUAGUGGAGAAAUUUGGUUCUGCCAUUGACUCGUCUUUCCUCAACUUUGAAGCGUUUCUUGUCUCCACAUUGAUACCCCAAUGGCAAGAACCCAUGCAUCAACUUGUCCAAUACUAUCAGUCUGCACUCCACACAAUCAAAUUUUACAAGUACAAAGUGGUUCAGUACCGUCUUGUGCACAGAGCACGAGCUGCAAGAAUGCACGAUCUUGAUGGUCUUACGAGCAACUACCAUUCGCAUUUAAAGUUGCGAGACUUGCGCAGUGUGGACAUUGACAGUCCAAGCAUUAACCAAGCGAUAAGAAGAAUAGAGCUCAAGCAGAAGCGAUUAAGAGGAAAGAAGAGCUGGUAUGGACUUUUUGGAGGAAGAAAGAACGGUUUUAAUUCGAAUUCUGGAGAUCCUGUUGAAGUCUUUCCUGAACAAAAUAGCGAGACGGAAACCCAUGAUAAUGCGACACCGCAGAAUAGUACCAUCGUGGACGAAGCCACCGCUUCAAAUACCACUGUCGUGAACAAUUCGACUGAAAAUAUUGCAACCACAGACGACAAUUUCGAGAAAACGAACAGUGCCAACUUUUGGUGUCAAUGCAUACAAGACUCGCAUUGCGCAGCUCGAAAAAGAAGUGGAAACAGUACAACCAGCUCAUAG